GGCGAGGGGAUAUGCAUGUUUCGUUUAGCACUGCGGACAGCAGAUAUGCCUAUAUGUAUCUACAGGUAUCUAGAAAAGAAUACAAGGGAGCAUUUAGAUGGAGUGUCUCGAUUUUAUGCUUGUGAGGCUUCUUGUCUACCUAUAAUAUGGCUACUAACGGUAUCCCCCUUUCUAUGCCCUGUAUUAGUCGCUCUGAUAAAAAUUCCUUUUCGCAAUUUAUUACUUCCAAAGAGCGCGCCAUUUAUGCUUCACAUGUCAAGGCCGUGCCGAUUAUCCUUCUGGCCAGCUGGAAUCGCUGGAUAGAGCGAGGCUAGUUGUCAUGGGACCCUAGUCGCGGGGUAACAGCACUUUUCGGCGAAGAGUCAUGAGAUGUUCCACUUUACUUUGCUUGAGCAAAAGUGCCUCUUGAUAUAGACGCUGAGCAGCUGGUAUAUAGAUGUCUAUAUAAACUAUAGGAGUGGACGGACUAGAUUUGCAAUUGUUCGCAUUGUACUGUCGAAAAAGAUUAACGGGCAUUGUUCAUCAGCCAACCAACUCUAUCUCAUCAUGUCAUCCACGCCUUUCCAUUUCCGUGUCGAAAAUGCUCGGGACGAAGACUUGCCGCGAUGCAUGGAGCUCAUCCUCGAAGCGUUUGGGCCGUUUCCUAUUAUGAAAAUCAUGGGAGGGCCCAAGACACUAGAGAACUAUGAAUUUACCGCCGGGCAACACUUGACCGGCUUCAGAGAGCACGCUGCAAAGUAUCCCUCUGUGUGGCCGGCCAUCAAGUGCGUACACACAGAUCCAGCUACGGGAGAGGAGAAGAUUAUUGGCUAUGCGGAGUGGUUCGUCUGGGACAGGGUGAGGAGCGAGGAGGAGUACAUGCAGGAGAAUCACAUCUUGCGCAUGGAGUGGAUACAGGACGAGGAGAAGAGGCAGCAGUGCCUCGAGCUGAUUCAGCCAGAGGUUGAUAUGCGGAGGAAGGUCAUGAAGGGGCGGCCGUUUGCGCUGCUGGGCUGGAUGUGCGUUGAUCCUGCGUAUAGGAGGCGUGGGGUGGCUUCGGCGUGCGUGAAGUGGGGGAUGGAGAGGUGUGCUGAGCUGGGGAUUCCGGCGUACUUGGAGGCGAGUGAGGAGGGGAUGAAGACGUAUAAGAGCUUGGGGUGGGAGGUGUAUAGUGGCGAGGGGGUUGAGGAGUUGGCGUUUCCGCCGAUGAUUUGGUGGCCUCCUAGUGCUGUGAGGAAUUAG